GCUUCUCCUUUGAGUGCAGGGCGUGCAGAUGGCGGGGGCUCGGCGCCGAGCUGUGGCGCCGGCGGCGCCGGCGGGGAGGGCGGGGCUAGGGAGCCCAGGGCGACCGCAGGGCCGGAGGCAGCAGGAGCCGGGGAAGCAGCGCUCGGCGCCACGGCCGGGGCCGCGCAGCAAAGAAAAGAAGAAAGUGAAUUGCAAGCCUAAGAACCAGGAUGAACAGGAAAUCCCUUUUCGGCUCCGAGAGAUCAUGAGGAGCCGCCAGGAGAUGAAAAACCCCAUCAGUAACAAGAAGAGGAAGAAAGAGGCCCAGGUGGCCUUCAGUAAGACAUUGGAGAAGGAAGCAAAGGGAGUGGAGCCGGACAUUGCUGUACCCAAGUUCAAGCAGAAGAAGUGGGAGUGCGACAGGGCCUAUGUCCAGCGCAUGGAGCAGGAGGCGCAGCGUGUGCUGUUCCUCAGCAAGAACCAGGCCAACCGGCAGCCUGAGGUGCAGGCGGCGCCCAAGAAGGAGAAGUCGGAGAGGAAGAAGGCGUUCCAGAAGCGACGGCUGGAUAAGGUCCAGCAGAGGAGGGAGGAAAAGGCAGCAGAAAGGCUGGAGCAGGAGCUGCUCCGAGACACGGUGAAGUUUGGUGAGGUGGCCCUGCAGCCCCCAGAGCUGACUGCCAAGCCCAGGAUGAGCACAAGUAGGGACCAGCCUGGCAAGAAAUCACUGAUGCUGAAGAUGCUUUUAAGCCCUGGCGGUGUGUCCCAGCCUCUGACCACCUCUCUGGCCAGACAGCGGAUCGUGGCAGAGGAGAGAGAGCGGGCUGUGAACGCCUAUAGGGCGCUAAAGAAACUGCAGCAGCAGCGGCAGGGGACUCAGUCACCACAGCCACCCCACCUCCCUUCUGGGAAGAAGCCAAAGACACAGCUGUGAUGAUGAAGAUCUUUCCUCGAGAGCAUCACUGAUCAGUUUUAGUGGAAUUGUGUUUUGUCCCUCAGCACCAGGACCUUUCCUGGACGUCAUGUCUCACAUCAGAGGAAAAGUGCAUAGUGAUUGAAACCAAGUGAGCCCACAUUAGAGUAACAAAGAAAGGAGAAGGAGGAACUCUCAGCCAUUUUCACUCUUAAAAUCGUGUCUUAUGAAGGUACAGGCAUCGGCAGUCAUCUCAAGGCAUUGAGCCAACAUCAUUCUAUUCAUUGUGUCAUUUCUACAGGGGGUUGACAGGCAACAUGUACAAAGUUUAAAAAUGGGGAAUUCCCUGGCGGUCCAAUGGUUAGGGCUCUGUGCUUUCACUGACAAAGGCCCAGGUUCAAUCCCUGGUUGGGGAACUAAGACCCCACAAGCCACGAGGUAUGGCCAAACAAAAACAAAAACAAAACCAUAAAAAAUAUGCAAAGCAGAAUGAAAAAUAAUACGACAUUUAGUUUGUAUGACGGUUCUAAACCAUGACCCUAGACCUGAAGGUAGCCAGCUGAACAAAUCAAAGGACCAGAGACAGGUGAAAUUUGGGCUUGUGUCCUCAUUUUGUGUAAUUGAGCUUCUACUUCUCCAAAAGUGUUUAUCCAGGUAGUAUUUGUGAUCGUACAAAUGCCUUCUUGUUCAGCAAGUAGGAAAUCGAAGGCUAUGUGGUUGUCUAAAAGUAUUUUAGCCAGUGAGUCGAGUGAUAAUUGUUGGGCUGCAGAAUCAGCCAGCUCUCCUGAUAUUAGGGGGAGAUUUCCGAUCACGUUCUCAUUGGCACUUACUCCGACCCAAGGGGGUUUUGAUGAGAACUGACCAAAUGGCACGGACUCGUAGCACUUGACCAAUAAAGUGGGUUCCCCAAUCACUAUGAAGUUCAAGAAGCCUUCCUCUCCAAUGGGAUCUUAGCCACAGAGGAGGCAGUGGCUUGUCUACGUGGAAAAGCUUCAGUCCACUGAGGAAACAUGCAAAUCAUUACCAGGAAUUAUUUAUACCCAUGAGAUGGUGGGCAGCUCUGUGAAACCCACUUGCCAAACCUCGAAUGGUCCAUCAGGCAAUUUGGAGCACCUGGGAGGGAGCAGUGUGGACAGUUUUUCUGGAUUGUAUUUUGGGAAUGUGACACCAACCCUGGAUCCAACAGCUUCCCACAAAAUGCUGCAUAAUAUUUGAUCUCAUCGGGCUUCCCUGGUGGUGCAGUGGUUAAGAAUCCACCUGCCAAUGCAGGGGACACGGGUUCGAGCCCUGGUCCGGGAAGAUCCCACAUGCCGCGGAGCAACUAAGCCCGUGCACCACAACUACUGAGCCUGCACUCUAGAGCCCACGAGCCACAACUACUGAGCCUGCGUGCUGCAACUACUGAAGCCCGCAAGCCUAGAGCCUGUGCUCUGCAACAAGAGAAGCCACCGCAGUGAGAAGCCCACGCACCACAACGAAGCGUAGCCCCCGCUCGCUGCAACCAGAGAAAGCCCGCGCGCAGCAACGAAGACCCAAUGCGGCCAAAAAUAAAACAAAAAAAUUUUUUAAAAAUUGA